AAAUCUAUACCAGAAACCAAACUAAUUAAUUUUAUUCAAUUGAUCGAUUUAAAUCGAAAAUAAUAAACCGAACCAAACCAAACCGAGUCUCUCUCUCGUUUAGGGCUUACUGAGUUUUAGUAGUCUCUCUCUUCUUUCAUCAUCUUCUUCGAUAUUGAUCUGAUUUGCUUUGUUGUUUCUUUCUGCUUCAAGUAGGUUAAAAAAUGGCAUGGCGCAGUGCAGCCCGCUCUUUCGUCUCCGCUACUGCUAGAGCUCCGUCUCUCCGAUCUCCGCCGGCAACGCUUCCCCGCCUCCGUCCUCCCCAAUCCUCUUUGCCCCGCCGCCGAUUUGCCUCUUUCACUAAUCCCAGGAAUUUGGGAGAGCUUGGAUGCACAGAGUCUUUCUUGCCUCUGUACAAUGUUGUGGCUGCAGCUCGACUCACAUCUCACCUUAAUGUUAAUCUGCGAGCUUUCUGCGAACUCUCUAACGGGAAUGGAAAAGAUGGGUGAUGGAAGUGGAUUUUCAGUCGCUGGCAAGAGAGGUGCUACUGCUUUGUACUUGAAUGCACAAAGUGGGAUGCAUCAGUUAUCUUGAAGCAGUUGGAGACUUGAGAAAAGGGGUGUACCAAGAAGAACUCAUUGGUUGUUUUGUGUUCCAUUAGGAACCAAAAACUAAAUUACAUUAUUUCUAUCUUCCUUCACUUUUGACAAUUUCCAGUUUUAGAAUCUGGAUUUCUCUUCAUAUUUCUUGUUGUUUAGCCCAGUGGCUUUGAAUACUUGAGGGUAGAUUCAGCUUUUCUUUCAGCAUAUUCUUCAAGAACCAUUGUUUCAUCUUUGUAUUUAUAAUGUUACUCACUCUCUUCGGGUUUACUCAAAGGAAUUUAAAGAAAACUUUCUUAUA